GGAGGGUUUCCUGUACCGGUGGGUUGGGAUGGUGAUGGGUGUUACAUCUGUGGGUAGAUGUUGGUUUCGGCUGGGCUUCGAAGUGCUGUUGUUAGCUUGCUGCUUAGCUGUCAGACCUUUUGUAUGUGCGUGAAGUAGUUCUGAAAUGUGAACAGCCAUGGGUUUGUGCUGGGGAUUGAAGAUCAACGCUUUUUUGGUGCUCAUUGGGAUGAUCUUGAUGGGCAGCACGGAAGCUGGAGAAAUUCCAACAGAUCUCGUUGCAGGCGGGAAUCCGUCGGCAAAGCGUCUGUAUGAAGACCUUUUGUCUGACUACAACAGGCUAAUCCGACCUGUUGCCAACAUCACGCAGAAACUUACUGUACGCCUCAAGCUCAAACUCUCGCAGCUCAUUGAAGUUAACUUGCGCAACCAGGUGAUGAGGACGAAUGUGUGGGUUGAACAGAAAUGGUAUGACUACAAGUUGCGGUGGGACCCGGCUGAGUAUGGCGGUGUCGAGAUGUUGUACGUUCCUUCAGAACACAUUUGGCUGCCAGAUAUUGUGCUGUUCAACAAUGCAGACGGAAACUACGAAGUGACUCUCAUGACGAAGGCCACCUUGCGUUAUGACGGCGAAGUGCUGUGGACGCCACCAGCAGUUUAUCAAUCAUCCUGUGAGAUGAACGUGGAAUGGUUCCCCUUCGAUGAGCAAAGCUGUGCCAUGCGUUUCGGUUCCUGGACGUACGACGGAUUUCAGGUUGACUUGAAGCACAUGGAUCAAGCAAACGGCACAAACAUGGUUGACAUCGGAAUCGACUUGCGGGAGUUCUACCUUUCCGUGGAAUGGGAUAUUUUAGAGGUGCCAGCGAAGCGCAAUGAAGAGUAUUAUCCGGAACCACCGAGACCCGGAGCAACCCCCGGUGCACAAGACGUUUCUAGACCAUACCCAGACAUAACUUUUCACAUCACGUUGCGAAGGAAGACGCUUUUCUACACUGUGAAUCUGAUCAUCCCAUGCGUUGGAAUUUCUUUCCUGACCGUACUAGUGUUCUAUUUGCCAGCCGAUUCCGGGGAAAAGGUUUCAUUGUGCAUUUCGGUGCUCGUGUCGCUGACUGUGUUCAUAUUGUUGCUGGCCGAGAUCAUCCCUCCGACAUCAUUGGCAGUGCCGCUCUUGGGGAAGUACCUUCUUUUCACGAUGAUCCUCGUCAUGGUAUCUGUCUACGUUACCGUCUACAUCCUCAAUAUUCAUUUCCGUCGCCCAUGCACGCAUCAGAUGCCAGACUGGGUAAGGAAGUUAUUCAUCCAGAUCAUGCCGAGAUUCCUGCUUAUUAAACGACCAGAAGUUGGGCCUAAGAAAAAAGUGGACGAUGAAUUGAAGUACUUGAACUAUGGGUACAACGAGUUCGAAAGCACGAAUCAACAUCAAAUUGACCCUUUCGGUCGACCAAUUCGCAGUCCAUUUGGCGACGGUCCUUCUUCAGCGGAUGUCGUGUCGGGUUCUCCGCAAAUGCACAGCACAGUUCGUGACGAGCUCUAUGCACCGCACACGUCUGCUGGAAAUGAGUAUGCGAGCACCUCGAUACGUCAUCAGCGUAACUACGCACCGGAUGUUUUAAGGGCUAUCGAAGGAGUGCAGUUCAUUGCUCAGCACAUCAAGGAUGACGAUGAAGACAACGACGUUCAAGAGGACUGGAAGUACAUUGCAAUGGUCUUGGAUCGGUUCUUCCUGUGGAUCUUCACACUGGCUUGUGUCCUGGGCACGUGUGGCAUCAUUUUCCAGGCCCCUUCACUCUAUGACAGGAGGAAGCCUAUAGAUGUAAUCUUGUCUGAGAUUGGUCGCUUUUACUAGUCAAAAUACUGUAUUUGUGCUUCUUUACGACGAGAAACUGGGUUUGACCUGAAGCAAGCUAGCGUACCCACCGCUUGCUCUCAUGGUAUAUACACUUCAUGCUGUGUUCAUUGCUUCUUCCAAUUCUUACGUUUUUUUAAAGACCCAUGAGUGAGUGAUUGCUCAUGCAUGUCCUAUAUACUGCUGUUGGUGAUUCUAUCGAAAAUUUAUAAUAAGUAAAAAACCCCGCCGAGACGUGUGCUGCAUGCUCAAUAGCAUAUUCGGCGGCUUGGUGCUGAUUGAUUAGGACUAAAAUGCGUUUGAAAUUGAGGAGAAGUGUCGAGGAAUUAAAAAUGUAGAUGAACAACUUAUGUAUAUGUACUCUACGCAAUCACUCUUUGCAUGAUGUUACUGUGUUAUUCAUGUGCUGAAAAACUUUGCUGGUGGGAAAGAAAUGAGGAAAACUAAUACGUCGAGGAACUCCCAAUAAUUUUCUUAAGCUUUUGAAGAUGCUUGGUAUAAGCUUCGCUGCAAGAUUAAUUUUUGGCAAGGCUCAGUAAGUGGAAAACAACUUGCAGCCAGACGCAGUGGCUCAGCUGCAUUUGGUACAUGAUAAGACCUCUAGAUUUUAAUUUUAUUAUACUUAGGAUUUCUUGCUGAUCACCAGCAUUGAGUGGCAUGGAGAAAGCACUGCAGAUUAUAUAUGUCCUUGCUUGAAAGUAUGAAAUACUUCAUUGCUUUGAUUUGUUUCAGGAAACUGGUAUGAAGGUUAACCCUUAGACAACUUUGGGACAAUUUCUGUUGUGUGACAGUGCCAGGACAUUUUUGCAUGCUUGUGCAUUUUGGUUUGAUCAAUGUUCACCAGAAGUUAGCUUUAGCUGCUGAGUAGCGCUGAAGUCCAGAAAAAUCUGAGAAAGUGGAGCAAACUGUCUUUGAAAUUCCUCAAUGCUAAUCCUAUGGCAGGAAUGUGGAAGAAAGCCAACCAGCAGCAGUAAAUGUUAUUUUUUUGAAAAUGUUUCAGCUGAAAAGAAAACAAAAUUGGGAUUUUUCUGGUCUUUGGCUCUUCUGAUCAUGAUAGGUUGUUAUUAACAUUUUUCCUUCAUUGUAAAUAAAUAUUGGCUCUACUGCUGCAGAAGUGUUAAAGAACUAUUGAUUCUUGACCCUUUUGCUGGGGGUAUGAGUAAGAGGAACCCC